AUGGUGAUUUAUUCCAUCCUCCUUGCCAAUUUGAAAGUUGGGUGCUGCUCCGACACCACCGAGGUUCACUUGUUGAGGUUUUGGGAGGCCAGAAAUGUGAGAAAAUGCGAUGAGCUCAUGAAUCUAGACAUACUCCUCAUCGACGAGAAUUCGACGGUUAUUCAAGGUUAUGUUAAUGUGAACCGUCAAUUCAUGUUCAAGCAGCGUCUCAGUGAAGGGUCAGUCUACAGGCUGAGCGGGUUUGAUGAAACGUGCAGGAACCCCAAUUUCCGGAUGUUGGAUGCCCCUUUCUCCAUUCGCACCUAA